ACAAACAUCACUGACGCCGCGCGCCCCACCUACCCCUCGGCCCCCGCCCUCCUCGCCCAGUGGGUCGGUCCUCCGCAUCUCCCAUCUCCCAUCCCUCGUGUUCUCCCGCUUCCGCCUCCCCUCCGAUCUCCUCCGCCGCAUCCACCUCCCCCGAACCCUAGACCCACUCGCGCGCGCCCAUUGGCCUCCGGUCGCCAUGUCCGCCGCUCAUCUUCUCCGUCACUCCCGCAAGCUGCGGAGUUUGCAAAAUGCUGUGGGUUGUGAGAAUUUUAGUCUUGUUCGGCAUUUCUCCAGCGGUUCCGGAUCCGUUAUCGCCAAGGAAAAUGGUGUUGGAAAAAGAACCAGAGGUACCAGAUUUUCCCAGCAUAACCAGCCUGCAAAAGAGCUCGAGACAUUCUCACUAGGAGUAAAUGGAAGCUGCACUUGGAGAAGAGCAUCCAACAGCCUUACCCCAAGUGCUGCUAGCAGGCUCAAUGGUUCAUUCUCAUGUGGACAGGUAGUUUCAGCUCGUCCAUUCUCAAGUAGUGCAGACCUGCCUCCACAUCAAGAAAUUGGCAUGCCGUCUCUUUCGCCUACAAUGACUGAGGGAAACAUUGCCAAGUGGCUUAAGAAGGAAGGAGACAAGGUCUCCCCUGGUGAGGUUCUCUGUGAGGUGGAAACUGAUAAAGCCACUGUGGAGAUGGAGUGCAUGGAAGAGGGCUAUCUUGCUAAGAUUGUUCAAGGAGAUGGUGCAAAGGAGAUUAAAGUUGGCGAGGUCAUUGCUAUAACUGUGGAAGAAGAGGGUGACAUUGAGAAGUUUAAGGAUUAUAAGCCGUCAUCUUCAGCUGAACCUGUAGCUCCUGCUGAAUCAAAGGCUCAACCAGAACCAUCCCAGCCGAAGGUGGAGGAAAAAAAGCUUACCCAGGCUCCUGAGGCCAAGGCCCCGAAGAUUGAAGAUGCUUCUCAAUCUGGAGAUCGUAUAUUUGCCAGCCCUCUUGCCCGUAAACUGGCUGAAGAUAACAAUGUCCCACUAUCAAGUGUGAAAGGUACUGGUCCUGAUGGGCGUAUUUUGAAGGCAGAUAUUGAAGAUUACUUGGCCAAGGGUGGGACGAGGGAGGCUUUUGCAGCUCCAGGGUUAGGUUAUAUUGAUAUUCCAAAUGCACAGAUAAGAAAGGUUACCGCGAACCGCUUGCUACAAUCAAAACAGACCAUUCCUCAUUACUACUUGACAGUAGAUGCACGUGUUGACAAACUUGUCAAGUUGCGAGGUGAACUGAACCCGCUGCAGGAUGCUGCUGGUGGAAAGAAAAUAUCAAUUAAUGAUCUUGUCAUCAAGGCUGCAGCUUUGGCUCUUCGAAAGGUCCCACAGUGUAACAGCUCAUGGAUGAAUGAUUUUAUUCGCCAAUACCACAAUGUAAACAUCAACGUGGCCGUUCAGACUGAACAUGGAUUGUUUGUUCCAGUAAUUAGGGAUGCAGACAAGAAGGGACUUGGUACAAUUGCUGAGGAGGUGAAGCAGUUGGCUCAAAAAGCAAGAGAUAAUAGCUUAAAACCAGCAGAUUACGAAGGUGGCACCUUCACCGUAUCAAACUUGGGAGGUCCCUUUGGAAUUAAACAAUUCUGUGCCAUCAUAAAUCCUCCUCAGUCAGCAAUUUUGGCCAUUGGUUCUGCUGAGAAGAGGGUGAUACCUGGUUCCGCUGACGGUCAGUACGAAUUUGGUUCAUUCAUGUCAGCUACACUGAGCUGUGACCACAGGGUUAUAGAUGGUGCAAUUGGUGCCGAAUUCCUGAAAGCAUUCAAGGGCUACAUCGAGAACCCGACCUCAAUGCUACUGUGAAGGGAUGGAUGACCUAACACAUUUCUUGUUAAGCUGUUAAAUAACCAGGCCAGCCAAAGUGGCGUUUCCAAACCAAUAGCACAGAGCCGUCUUCUCUGUUUUGAUAUUGCCAGUGUUAAGUAGGAUCAACGUAUACAGGCCUUAUUGAGGUCAUUUUUGGGUUUGUCCUCACGGACAAUUGAUGGGAAUAAAUAUGUAAGAAGCCAACGUGGGAAGGAACUCUUUGAUUUUUCGAACAUUGCGACUAGAAAAACUGUAAAUUUGUUGAGGUUUUCCACAGUAAGCGUGAUUUGAUGCGUUGAUGAUAUCUUGAUAA